AUGAAACUCCUGAGAUAUGAUAUCGAGUUCCAGUUUGUGAAGGGCUCAGAUCUCGUGAUUGCGGAUGAUCUGAGUCGUGCAUACCCAGAAUCAAAGGAAAAUGAAACUGCAGAUCGGUUGGACAUUCGAAAUGUCAAAAAUGGUGCAUUCGACCAGUUUCCAGAUGCAAGAAUUCUGGAAAUCAGACGUGCAACAGAAGAAGAUUCGCCAAUGCAAGAGCUUCAGCACUUAAUAAUCACUGGAUGGCCGAAAAAAAGUGACAUUAGUGCUGAACUCGGACAAUAUCACCCUCUCAGAGAUACUCUCAGUGUGCAAGAUGGAGUGAUCUUCAAAGGUGAAGCAAUAGUUAUUCCAAAAAGCCUGAGAAAAGAAAUGCUGCAAAGACUGCACAAAGCACAUCUAGGUUAUGAUAGUAUGGUCAGAAGAGCCCGCUUAACGAUCUUCUGGCCGGGUAUGAGAGCAGAACUGAAAGAGUUCACGAAAAAAUGUGUACAGUGUGAGGACAGAAAACCUCCCCCUCAACAGGAAAAGUUGAAACAACAUAGUGAUGGACUACGACCUUGGGACAAGGUCGGAUCGGACUUGUUCCAAAUACAGAACAGGUUAUAUCUCGUCGUCGUAGACUACCACUCAAGCUUCAUCGAAGUGGAUUUACUGACAGCGGCAACCAGUCAGCAAGUGAUUGACAAAAUGAAGAAACACUUUGCUAGAUUCGGAAUUCCCAGAGAACUGAUAACUGACGGUGGACCCCAGUAUAUGUCCACAGAAUUCCAUAACUUUACACAGAAGUGGGGUAUAAAGCAUCACAUCAUGUCGCCCCAACACUCAGCAUCAAAUGGUAAAGCUGAGAGUGCUGUGAAAGCCAUGAAGACACUGAUCAUCAAGUGCCACGAGUCGCGUACGGACCCGAUGGAGGCGAUCCUGGAACAACGAAACACCCCUCGUGCCGACACCAAGAGGAGUCCAGCUCAGAUGAUGAUGAAUCGAAAGCUUCGCACCAUGGUACCUUCGCGCGUGAAAGCAGAGCCAAGUUGUGAAUCGCGAGUGAAUCGUAAGAAAUCGGUGAAAAAAUGGUUCGAUCAAAAAGCGCACUAUCAACCAAAAGUAAAAAUCGGUCAAUCAGUGUAUUUCCAUAAGCAGAGCAAAAAGCCCUGGCAGAAAGGCAUAGUUGAAAAUAUCAAUGGUGAUCGAUAUAUUGUGCGUAUUGAAGAAAGUGGGCUGUAUGCCAGGAAUCGUGUUCAUAUCCGUCCGACAAAAGUCGAAGUGCAGAUUCGCGAGCAAUCUCCGCCUCGUUAUGGAAAUAUGAAUUCUGAAACUCGUAAUCAAAGCGCGCCAAAGACGCAUGAAACUACUCGUAUGACUGCAACAUCUUCAGCAGGCAACACGACAGCAGCCUCUGAAUCAGAACCAACAGCAGCUUCGGAAUCCGGACCGAGCAGAUACAACCUAAGGCCCCGCGGAAACAUUCAAAGACCCCAGUGUCUUGAGGGUUUUGUGUGA